CAAUGGUCUAAUGUAAUUGUUUAGUUAAAUGGUUGAUUUUUAAAUGUUUAUUUUCAGCGCAAUUUUAACAGCUGAUGGGUUAAUUUAUGUAUUAAGCUGUGAUGUGCUGUGAAACACCCUCAGCGCAUUAAAGUUAAAUGAGGAAAGGAGGAUAUGUAAAGCGCAAUUUAAAUUGCAGUUAUUCGAACUAUUACAAAUUGUCAUGUAUUCUGCAGUAGGUACAAUAACCCAUCCCUCAUCGCCUCAGUUGGUUGGAAGAUUGCCAUAUAAUAAUGAUAUUUCUGAAUCUCAAGUAAUUAUGAAUAGAACUCAACGCCCAUAUGUAGAAAUUAUUGAACAGCCAGUAUCUAUUGGUGCUAGAUUUAGAUACAAAUGUGAAGGACGUUCUGCAGGUUGUAUCCGAGGUGUUAACAGUACAGAUAAACAGAAAACAUAUCCAACAAUUAAAGUACAUGGUUUCCAAGGAGCUGCAGGUGUGGUAGUAUCUUGUGUUACCAAAGAUGGCCCACCAUAUUAUCCUCAUCCUCAUAAUCUUGUAGGCAAAACAUGUACAAAUGGUGUGUGCUAUAAACCUAUUACUAAUCCUGAUAUGAUUUGCAAUUUUGCAAAUCUUGGAAUACAGUGUGUAAAAAAGAAGGACAUAAAGGAAUCAUUAUCACAUAGAGAAGCAUUGCAAGUUGAUCCUUUUGGAACUGGUUUUUCUCACCAUUUGGAACCUAAUAAAAUCAACCUUAAUGCCUUAAGGUUAUGCUUCCAAGUUUUUAUACCAGAUGCUAAUGGAAAACUAAGCAUUCCUCUGUCGCCUGUGAUCAGCAAUCCUAUAUUUGAUAACAAAACUGUCUCUGACCUUACAAUUACAAAAUUAAGUCAUUCUUCAGCUCCAGUUACUGGUGGUCAAGAAAUUAUAUUAUUGUGUGAUCAAGUAAAUAAAGAUGAUAUUCAAAUAAUAUUCUAUGAAGAAAAUGAUGGCAAAGUUACAUGGUCUGCUUUGGGGAAAUUUGCCCCACAUCAUGUGCACAGAAAAGCUGCAAUAUCAUUCCAGACACCAGCUUAUAAAAGUACAAAUGUUAAUCAGUCUAUUGAUUGUUUCAUUCAGUUACGGAGACCUUCCGAUGGUGCUGUAGGGAAACCAAGAGCUUUUAUUCUGCACCCUUUGAGACAGGAUCCAGAUGGUAUGGCUCGAAAAAGGCGCAAAUUUGAAGCGCUACGUCUAGAUCGUGUCCUUCAGUUGAAUAAUUUAUCAUCAGAUAGUGCUGCUGAGCCUGCAGUUUCUCCAAGAGUUGUUAAACAAGCUGUACGAAUGAAAUUUAAUAAUCAGAGCAUGCCUGUGAAUCAGUUUCAACAAGAUUUUACAUAUGAAACAAAUUAUGAGCCUCAUCCUUCUACCUCCAUUCGUGGAAAUUUUAAUGAAAACGUGUCAGUCCAAAAAGAUGGUCAUCAGAAAUCAUUUUCUGUAUCUGGAGCAGCUGCUACUGCUAUGCCAACAAACUCUGCAGUAAGCUCAUCUCGACUUAAAGUUGAAGAUAUAUUAGCUAUUGCUACAGAGCAGAUAGGAAUGGACAAUUCUCAGGCAUUCUGCGAAACAGCUUGUGAUGACACUUUAGAUAAAUUAAGUAGCCUUGAUCUGGGUAUAGAUGCCUCUGAUUUAGAUGUAAAUUUGAGUGGAAUAACUUUAGAUUCAUUUUCAGAUCCAUCAGGACUAAGUUUUUCAACACCUGUAACAGAAGAUAAAAAUUCAUCCGAAAAACUGCAGUAUCAUGAUAAUGUAAAAAUACAGGAAAAGGAAAGUUGUACAUAACUAGACAUAUGCAAAUGCUUAUAAGUAAAAGAAUUAUGUAGAUAUUAUUUGUUUUGUACAGAAAAAUGCAUUUUAAUUACAUGUAUUUGUAUCCAUCAGUUGUGACAUCAGUUGUAUCCAUAUGUCUGCAUUUGUGUAAAGAAGUAUUUUAUAUUUUCCACUAAUUUUUCAUGGCUGUAUAUAUUUUGAUAAGCACUGCCAAUUAUUUCUUUUUGUAUGUAUAUUUUAUUAUGAUAAAAUUAUUAUAUCGUUAAAGCUAUUUGAAGAAAAUUUAUGUAAUAAAAUUCAUGUUACACAUAA